GAUCUGUUGCCGGGCAACCAGCGCAAAACUCGCCGGAAGUUUCGGCGCAGAAAUAUUCUCGCACAUAACUCUGAUUUUGUUCGUUUUCUUCUUGCUUAAACGGCGUUUGUAACGUACGGAUAGAACAAACUAGACACAACGUGUUAAUUUGUGAGCCUUUACGGAACUGGUAGGCGGAUUUUGUCACCUUUGGACCGAGCACGUCGAGAUGUUUAACCCCCCGUUUUGAUUUGUGCUAGCUUCCGGCGGUAGCUUCAUAGUUAGCAUACAUGUCAGGUGUAUUUCUCAGCUACAGGUAACUCUCAGUAAGACACGAAGGUUCACUGGUGUAUUUUGAAGUGGAUUUGAAUUGUUUCUAUGGUCCUGAAUACUUUCAAUCAAGCCCUAAUUUCCCUGUACAGUUUUACGGGUUUAACGUAUUUUUCCCCAACCCUAAACAUGUAGUUAUUUGUAGUAUCGUAAUACUAAUUUAUAUAAGUGAAAAGUAAAUUUAUUUAAAGGGUAAUUUAACUAUUUUUUCCUGUCCAAAAUAACCCUGCUGAUGAAAGAUGCUGCCCAGGUGCAUUGUGGGAUUUGUAGGACCUCAAACUGAGGACUAAAAAUUUUAAUAUUUUAGCCUUUGUUGCUCCAGUUUUUACUAAUCUUUUUGUGUAUUUCUGAGUGAGUCCUCCAGCUUUAUUAAAAUAAAAUCGCAAGAGUACCCCAGUUUUGAGAAAACUGUUUUCCUCAUACACAUUUAUCUGCUGUAGUUACUUUUAAAAUCAAGAUUGUAAGUAUAUUAACAGCUUAAAAGUAUAUGAUGCAUUACUAUAAAUUCGACCAUAAAGUGCCUAAAAUAGCUGGUAGUUGUCCACUUAGUAGAAAUCUGUAUUAUAAGGAGUUAUCCUGCAUUCUUAUGCAGAUCUUUUCAUUCUUGUAGUAUAGAAUGUUAGCUUUACUUUGACUUAAUGCAACCCAUUGAUUGUGUAAUUCAGUAUUUUAAAGUUUUACUGCUGCUUUUACUCCACUAAAUGAUCCCUCACGCUACCUGGAUUAUUAAACAACCUGUUGAUAUUCAAAUGGCGGGUUAUCCCUCAUGUGAACGCACCUUUCGGAUGCAAUUCAACGCGUGUCUACAGCAGUUUGUAUCUCAGUCAAUGGCCGUGCCGUUUCCCAUCAGGAUGCAUGCAGCAGGCAAACAUCUGUCCCAGAUGCUCGCUGCAUCUUUAAGCUCCGCCGCCGAUAAAUGAGCACGCCGAUCAGCUGCUGCUGUCCGGUGAGGGAGGUGCUGAAAUCAGAGCGCUGUCUCCUUCUCCUGCUCCCCCCACCACCCACCUUCCACCACCUCCCCCUCUUUUCCCUCUCUCUCUCUCUCUCUCUCUCUCUCUCUCUUUUCCUCUCUCUCUCUCUCUAUUGCCGCCGACCGACCGACACUUGCAGCCAUUUUACGCAGGACGAACCUAAUCAUGUCGUGAGCGAAGCUCGCCGGUCACCUGGGCAGAGGAGCCGCCGCCGCCAGCAGCCGCUGCCGCCGCUUCCACCGCGCGUCCCGGUGAGGUGGACAGGCAGGUCCUGGCCAAAAUGGUGAAGAGGAAAAGCCUGGAUGAUAACGAGCCGGAGUGCGGGAAAGGAAUACCGUUCCCCAUCCAGACCUUCCUAUGGAGGCAAACCAGUGCAUUUCUGCGUCCAAAGUUGGGGAAGCAGUAUGAAGCAUCGUGUGUGUCCUUUGAGCGUGUGCUGGUGGAGAAUAAGCUCCACGGGCUGUCGCCGGCCCUGUCAGAAGCCAUCCAGAGCAUCUCCCGCUGGGAGCUCGUCCAGGCAGCCCUGCCUCAUGUUCUCCACUGCACCUCCAUCCUGUUGUCUAACAGGAACAAGCUGGGCCACCAGGACAAGCUGGGCGUGGCCGAGACCAAGCUGCUCCACACGCUGCACUGGAUGCUCCUGGAGGCCGCCCAGGAGUGCAACCACGAGCCCAGCCUGGGCCACGGCUGGUCGGCAGGCAGCAGCAGUAGUGCCUUCCUCCAACCUGUGGGGAAUCAGGGCUCCUCUCCGGGGGCUCCGGGCUCUUGCUCUGGCUCCGUCUUAGGAGGGUUGGGGCCCCAGCACAGCGGCUCCCUGCUGGAGGAGGACGAGCACACUCGCACCAAGCUGUUCCACAAGAGUAUGGCCACCGUGGAGCUGUUUGUGUUCCUGUUUGCACCACUUAUUCAUCGGAUAAAGGAGUCGGACCUGACCUUCCGAUUGGCCAGUGGCCUGGUAAUAUGGCAGCCAAUGUGGGAGCACCGCCAACCUGACAUCCCUGCCUUUACUGCGCUCAUCAAACCCGUCAGAAACAUCGUCACAGCUAAGAGGAACUCCCCAGUCAACAACCAGUGCAGCCCCUGUGGAUCUGGUAACCCGGGUCCCAUGGGCUUCCAGGUGGUUUGUGAAGCCACCCAAUCGGACUCAUCCUCCCCCGCAGCUGGAGAGCAGAGCUGUCGUCGUGGUAACUCGGUGGAGACAGGUGGCCCUUCCCAACAACCCCCACCGGUCAAAGGCCCCUCCAAGAAAAAGACUUCGGCCCCCGCCGGCCUGCCGACCUCCCUGGCUCAACGAGCACGCUAUGCCACUUACUUCGACGUGGCAGUGCUGCGCUGCCUGCUGCAGCCGCACUGGACGGAGGAGGGCGUGCACUGGGCCUUGAUGUUCUACCUGCAGCGCCUGAGGCAGAUCCUGGAGGAGAGACCCGAACGUGCCCCUGAACCGCUAGUCACGCCUCUGCCACGGCCACGCAGCAGCUCCAUGGUGGCUGCCACGCCUUCGCUGGUCAACACCCACAAGACUCAGGAUAUGAGUCUGAAAUGCAACGAAGAAGGAAAAUCUCUGAGCACAGAGACAUUUGCAAAGGUUUCUCUGACCAACCUCCGUCGACAGGCAGUCCCUGACCUCGCCUCAGACCUGGGCAUGAACAUCUUCAAGAAGUUUAAGAACCGGCGCGAAGACCGUGAGAGGAAGGGCUCCAUCCCCUUCCACCACACAGGGAAGAAGCGACAGCGUCGCAUGGGUGUCCCUUUUCUACUUCAUGAGGACCACUUGGACGUCUCACCCACCCGGAGCACCUUCUCCUUCGGGAGCUUCUCUGGCUUGGGUGACGACCGACGGGCUCUGGAUCGUGGAGGCUGGCAGGCCACCAUCAUGGGUAAAUUCACACGGAGAGGCAGCACCGACACAGCUGCAGACGCCGACAGCCUGAGUGCCAAACACUCUCACUCCCACCACUCGCUGCUCAGAGACAUGCCCGACCACUCCAACAGCCACAGCGACAACACCGUCAAAGAGGUUCGAUCUCAGAUCUCCACCAUCACGAUGGCGGCAUUCAACACCACGGUGGCGUCCUUCAACGUCGGCUAUGCCGACUUCUUCACAGAGCACAUGAAGAAACUCUGCAACCCCGUUGUCGUCCCCGAGAUCCCCAUCGAACCUCUGGCCUGCGCCAACCUGCCACGCAGCUUCACCGACUCCUGCAUCAACUACUCCUGCCUGGAGGAGGGGGAGAACAUUGAGGGGACCAAUAACUUUGUCCUGAAGAACGGCAUGCUGGACCUUACUGCCGUCUUGCGGGCUCUCUACGCCGUCCUCAGCCAUGACAUCAGCUCCAGGAUCUGUGACGUGGCCCUCAACAUCAUUGACUGCCUGCUGCAGCUGGGUGUGGUGCCUGGCAUGGGCAAGAAACUGUCCAAGCCUGACAACAAGGAGAACCAGGAGGCCCGGGCCAAAGAUCCGGCCACUCAGGGCCUCGGUGGAGGCGCCCAGGGAGGCGGGGCGGUCCCUGGGGCGGGGGCAGGUGGAGGGGGUGACGGAGGCAGUGGUGGAGGAGGAGGGGGAAGUGGUGGAGGCAGUGGGCAGGGGAGCAAGGAUGACGUGAAGAAUAACAAGGAUAAUGAUAAAAAGGAAGAGGGCUCCGGCUUCAGCACCCACCGCCUGGCUCUGACCAUGCUGAUAAAGAUAGUCAAGUCGCUGGGCUGCGCCUAUGGCUGUGGUGAGGGACACCGCGGACUGUCUGGAGAUCGCCUCAGGAUGCAGGCCCAGAACUGCCUGACCAGCCUUUACAAGCUGGACAAGGUUCAGUUUCGUCAGACCAUGCGCGAGUACGUCAACAAAGACUCUCUCAAUAACAUUGUGGACUUCCUGCAUGCACUGCUGGGCUUCUGCAUGGAGCCCAUAACUGACAAGUACGGCAGUGCAGGUGAGAGGUCCAGGAGGGCGAAAAAAAGAAACAUCGACAAGGCGGGCUUCGGGAACAACUUCACCACGGGUGACAACAAGUCGGUGGCACAGAAUAUGGAGGCGGUGGUGGUGGGAUGCAUGUUCAAGUCCCUCAUCACCCGCUGCGCCUCCACCACGCAUGAGCUGCACAGUCCAGAGAACCUGGGUCUGUACUGCGACAUCCGCCAGCUGGUGCAGUUCAUCAAGGAGGCCCACGGAAACGUGUUCCGCAGGGUGGCACUGAGCGCGCUCCUGGACAGCGCAGAGAAAGUCACCACCACCAAGAAACCUGAAGAGAAGGAAGACACCAAACAGCCUGGACCCAGGAGGUCAGAGGCGGGUGUGUCCGGGGAGAAGGGUCAGGUGUCCAGUGCUGCAGAUGAGUGUCGCAGCUACAUCUCCAGCAGACCCCCCCAGACACCCGAACAUGACGAGCAGAUCCCGGGCGCUCUGCUGGGCAGGAAGGAUUUUUGGCGGAAGAUGUUCAAGUCACAGAGUGCCGCCAGCGACACCAGCAGCCAGUCAGAGCAGGACACCUCAGAGUGCACCACUGCCCACUCCGGCACCACCACCGACCGGCGUUCCCGCUCCAGAUCCCGGCGCAUUUCACUUCGCAAGAAGCUGAAACUUCCCAUAGGCAACUGGCUGAAACGUUCGUCUCUUUCUGGACUGACUGACGGUGUUGAGGACCUGCUGGAUAUAAGCUCAGUGGAUCGACUCUCCUUUAUACGUCAGAGUUCAAAGGUGAAGUUCACCAGUGCGGUGAAGCUGUCGGAAAGUGGUGCUGUGGGGCCGGAGUACGCCAGGGACGAGGAGGAGAAUUUCUUCAAGCGGCUCGGUAAAUGGAGGUCUGGCAGGAGGAAUCCAUCCAAGCUUCACCACACAGAAGAGAAAGAUGGACCUCACGGCUUUCAGGAGCGUCUAGCAGCGAGCCAAGAGGCCAUGAAGAACAAGAACGUGGUGAAUCUUGGCGCCAUCCGACAGGGCAUGAAGCGCUUCCAGUUCCUUCUGAACUGCUGCGAGCCGGGAACAAUCCCUGACGCCUCCAUCCUUGCUGCCGCUCUGGAUCUAGAAGCUCCAGUUGUGGCCCGGGCCUCACUCUUCCUUGAGUGUGCCCGAUUCGUCCACCGUUGCAACCGUGGCAAUUGGCCCGAGUGGAUGAAGGGCCACCACGUAAACAUCACAAAGAGAGGCCUGUCCAGGGGAAGAUCACCUAUCGUGGGCAAUAAGAGAAACCAGAAACUCCAGUGGAAUGCUGCCAAAUAUUUCUGCCAGUGGGGAGACGCAAUCGGCACGAGGCUCAGCGAACUCUGCCACUCUGACAGCGAGAGUCCUGCAAACAUUCUGGGUUACAUUUUCGAUGAAGAGACCAAACGGAGAAUGAGAAAAGAGGACGAGGAAGAGGAUUAUCUGGACGACAACACCGUCAACCCGACCAAAUGUGGCUGCCCUUUCGCUCUAAAGAUGGCCGCCUGCCAGCUAUUGUUGGAAAUCACCACUUUCCUGCGAGAGACGUUUCCCUGCUUACCUCGCCCACGCACCGAACCCCUCGUGGAUCUGGACAGCUGCCGCCUGCGUCUUGACCCUGAGCUUGGCCGGCAUCGCUAUGAGAGGAAGAUCAGCUUUGCGGGCAUCCUCGACGACGAGGAUGGACACGAUUCGCUCAACAGCAGCAGCCACACACUGAAGUCCGACACGACCUGCGACGACAAGAAGACCCAGGAAGCUCAAGACGAUCUCUCCCCGCUUCGAUCUCCUCCAGCACCCAUCCGGAAGAUUCGUAUUGGUGGAUCCCGCCUGCUUCAGAUUAAAGGCGCUCGCAGCUUCCGGGUAAAGAAAGGUGGCUCCCUGUCGUCGAUACGCCGAGCGGGGAGCCUCAAGAGCACCAAGCUGUCCCGGCAGGACUCGGAGUCUGAGAACGAAGAAGGGCUGCUGUCACAAACACACAGCAGGGACACAGUCACGGACAUAGGCAGCCCUUUUAGCACCAGCGAGCCCAGCAUAGAACCAGAGGGCCCGAGCUCCGGAGGAGCUGAGGACAACUACCACAGUAACAUGUCCUGGCUCCAUAUCAUGAUCCUGCUGUGCAACCAGCAGAGUUUCAUCUGCACCCACAUCGACUUCUGCCACCCACGCUGCUACCAGCACCACAGCCGCUCCUGUGCCCGUCUGGUGCGCGCCAUCAAGCUUGUGUACGGCGAGACAGUGGACAGCCUGAGAGAAGACAGCGCCUCCUCUGGUAACAUCGGGGCACGUGCCAAGAAGAAUAAAGAGUGUUCAGAUAAGUCUUGUCUGAGGACUCCAUCCAUGAAGAGAAGACCCACUGACUCCAACACAGAGGGGAAGAAAGACACCGGCAUGCUCAAGUACAUCCGCAACCAGGUGAUGAGCUUGUCACCGGCUCCACUCUCGCUGCUGAUUAAGGCAGCUCCUAUCCUGACUGCCGACAUGUACGGAGACGUCCAACCGGCAGCCUGGGAGCUCCUGCUCAGUGUGGACGAACACAUGGCAGCUGCUGCUGCUGCCAUGUUCCUCCUGUGCGCCGUAAAGGUCUCCGACGCAGUGACCGAAAUGAUGAUGGCUGAGUUCCAUCACCAGGAGGCCUGCCAGCGCAUCAACUCCAUCCUCAAGUUUUACACGCUUUGGCGUUUUCGCUACCAGGUGUGGCCUCGCAUGGAGGAAGGAGCGCAGCAGAUCUUUAAGAUCCCUCCGCCCAGCAUCAACUUCACCCUGCCGUCUCCCAUACUGGGCAUGCCCUGUGUGCCCAUAUUCGACCCCCCCUGGGUGCCCCAGAACACAGGCAGCGUCCAGGACCCGAUCAAUGAAGACCAGUCUAAAUCCUUCUCGGCACGGGCGGUGUCACGCUCACACCAGCGGGCUGAGCACAUCCUGAAGAACCUGCAGCAGGAGGAGGAGAAGCGGCGCCUGGGCCGUGAAGCCAGCAUCAUCACGGCCAUCCCUGUGGCUCAGGAGGCCUGCUAUGAGCCCACGUGCAGCCCGCCACCCGAGCAGGAGGAAGAAGCAGAAGAAGUGGUGAACCUGGCAUCGCGCCGUCUGUCCGUCAGCCCCUCCUGCGCCUCCAGCAACUCCCACAGGAACUACUCUUUCCGUCGGGGCUCGGUGUGGUCCGUCCGCUCGCUGGCCAGCGCCGAAGAUGAAGAGAACACGACAGAACACACUCCGACUCACCACAUGUUACAGCCACCUCAAGCAGUCUUCCCAGCAUGCAUCUGUGCUGCAGUCCUGCCAAUAGUGCACCUCAUGGAGGACGGGGAGGUUCGAGAGGAUGGCGUGGCUGUGAGCGCUGUCGCCCAACAAAUCCUCUGGAACUGCCUGAUUGAAGAUCCCGCCCUGGUUCUCCGACACUUCCUGGAGAAACUCACAGUGAGCAAUCGACAGGAUGAGCUGAUGUAUAUGCUGAGGAAGCUCCUGCUCAAUAUCGGAGACCUCCCGGCUCAGACCUCGCACAUCCUCUUCAACUACCUGGUGGGACUGAUCAUGUAUUUCGUGCGGACCCCAUGUGAGUGGGGAAUGGACGCCAUCUCAGCCACACUGACCUUCCUGUGGGAGGUGGUCGGCUAUGUGGAGGGACUCUUCUUCAAGGACCUCAAGCAGACGAUGAAGAAGGAGCAGUGUGAGGUCAAACUGCUCGUCACUGCAUCCAUGCCAGGAACCAAAACUCUGGUGGUGCAUGGGCAGAAUGAGUGUGACAUCCCGACACAGCUUCCUGUUCAUGAAGACACUCAGUUUGAAGCCCUGCUCAAGGAGUGUCUGGAGUUCUUCAACAUUCCCGAAGCCAGAUCGGCUCACUACUUCCUCAUGGACAAACGAUGGAACCUCAUCCAUUACAGCAAGACGUAUGUCAGAGAUAUCUAUCCAUUCCGGAGGUCAGUCUCACCGCAGCUCAACCUGGUCCACAUGCUGCCCGAGAAAGGACAGGAGCUCAUCCAGAAACAAGUGUUUUCUCGUAAACUGGAGGAAGUCGGCCGUGUCCUCUUCCUCAUCUCCCUCACUCAACACAUGCCAGCUGUGCACAAGCAAUCCCACGUCUCCUUGCUGCAGGAAGACCUCCUCCGCCUGCCGUCCUUCCCACGCACUGCCAUCGACGCAGAGUUCUCGCUGUUCAAUGAGCAGCAAGGUAAGGAGCUGUUCGGUCUGGACACCCUCCACAAGGUGCUGUGGAUCAAGCUGCUGGAGGAGAUGUUUCUGGGCAUGCCCAGUGAGUACCCAUGGGGCGACGAGAUGAUGCUGUUCCUGAACGUCUUCAAUGGAGCACUGCUGCUGCACCCGGAGGACAGCUCCCUCCUCAGGCAGUACACAGCCACCGCCAUCAACACCGCCGUUCACUUCAACCACCUCUUCUCCCUCAGCGGCUACCAGUGGAUCCUGCCAACGAUGUUGCAGGUCUAUGCAGACUAUGAGAGCGACCCUCUCCUGAGGCAGGGCAUCGAGUUCUGCUGCCGGCAGUUCUACAUCCUCCACCGCAAACCCUUCAUCCUGCAGCUGUUCGCCAGCGUGGCUCCACUGCUCGAAUUUACAACCAGCACCAGUACCGGUCUGUCUAAAGGAGUGUCAGCUCAGUGUCUAUUUGACCUGCUAGUCUCUCUAGAAGGGGAGACCCAGGACGCCCUGGAUGCUCUGGAACUGGUUAAGGCUGAGAAACCUCUACGCUCUCUGGAUUUCUGUUACGGUAACGAGGACUUGACCUUCUCCAUCAGCGAGGCCAUCAAGCUGUGCGUCACUGUGGUCGCUUACGCCCCCGAAUCCUUCAGGAGUCUCCAGAUGCUGAUGGUGCUGGAGGCGUUGGUCCCGUGCCACCUCCAGAAACUGAAGAGCAACACAGUGACUAUGGAGUCGGCCUCGGCCGCCAGGGAUGAGAUCGCAGCCAUCGCUGCUCUGGCCACAUCUCUGCAGGCGCUCCUCUACAGCUCAGAGGCCCUCACAAGACCUAUGACAGCCCCGCAGAUGUCCCGCUGUGAUCAGGGCCAUAAAGGCGGCACUACAGCGAACCACGCCAUGUCAGGAGGUGUCAACACCAGGGACAACCUCCACCUGCUGGAGGAGGGUCAGGGCAUGCCAAGGGAGGAGCUGGAUGAGCGCAUCGCCAGGGAGGAGUUCCGCCGUCCGCGCGAGUCGCUGUUAAACAUCUGCACCGAGUUUUACAAACACUGUGGGCCACGACUCAAAAUUCUGCAGAACGUUGCCGGCGAGCCACGAGUCACAGCAUUAGAGCUGCUGGACAUCAAGUCCCACAUGAGACUGGCCGAGAUCGCCCACGCCCUGCUGAAGCUGGCGCCCUACGACACCCUGACGAUGGAGAGCCGAGGGCUGCGCCGCUACAUCAUGGAGAUGCUGCCCAUCACCGACUGGUCUUCGGAGGCCGUCCGGCCUGCCCUCAUCCUCAUCCUCAAGAGGCUGGACCGCAUGUUCAACAAGAUCCACAAGAUGCCUACGCUCAGGUGCGCUCGCCCACAGGCAUUAUGCACCAGGAGACAGGUGGAGUGGGAGGCGGCAAGCAGCCUGAUCGAGGGGAUCUGCCUGACUCUGCAGCGACAGCCAAUCAUCUCUUUCCUCCCACACCUCCGCUCGCUGAUCAACGUCUGCGUCAACCUGGUGAUGGGUGUGGUCGGUCCCUCCAGUGUGGCAGAUGGGCUUCCUCUUCUCCACCUCAGCCCCUACCUGUCCCCUCCACUGCCCUUCAGCACGGCGGUGGUGCGACUGGUCGCCCUGCAGAUCCAGGCCUUGAAGGAGGACUUUCCUCUCAGUCAUGUGAUCUCACCGUUCACCAAUCAGGAGAGGCGAGAGGGGAUGCUGCUCAACCUGCUAAUUCCCUUUGUGCUCACUGUGGGCUCUGGAAGCAAAGAUAGCCCUCACCUGGAGCAGCCUGAGAUCUUUCUCCUCCUCCAGACGGUCAUCAACAUCCUCCUGCCUCCCCGCAUCAUCUCCACCUCCCGCACCAAGAACUUCAUGCUGGACGCCUCCCCAGCUCACUGCUCCACCCCUGGCGACACGGGGAAGGACCUGCGCAGAGAGGGGUUAGCUGAGUCCACCAGCCAGGCGGCGUAUCUGGCUCUGAAGGUGGUGUUGGUCUGCUUUGAGCGCUCGUUGGGGAACCAGUGGUACCGGCUGAGCCUGCAGGUGAAGGAGAUGGCGCUGAGGAAGGUUGGCGGCUUGGCCUUCUGGGACUUCAUUGACUUCAUUGUCCGAACACGUAUUCCCAUCUUCGUCCUGCUGAGACCUUUUAUACAGUGCAAGUUGUUGACCCAGCCUGCUGACUCCCAGGAGGAGAUCACAGCACGUCACCACAUCGCUGACCAGCUGGAACGACGCUUCAUCCCGCGACCUCUUUGCAAAAGCUCCCUGUUUGCAGAGUUUAACAACGAGCUGAAGAUCCUGAAGGAGGCUGUGCACAGUGGCUCCGCUUACCAGGGCAAGACGUCCAUCAGCACCGUGGGCACGUCUACAUCAGCCUACCGCCUUAGUUUGGCCACCAUGUCGCGCUCCAACACGGGUACCGGUACAGUUUGGGAGCAGGACAGCCAACCUUCACGCCAACCCUCCCAAGACACUCUCAGCCGCACCGACGAGGACGAUGAAGAGAAUGACUCCAUGAGUAUCCCCAGCGUGGUGAGCGAGCAUGAGGCCUUCCUGCCCAGGGUGAUAGCACAACGUCGUUUCUCCAGCCACGCCACCGGCUCAGCAGCCUCUCAGCCGGAGGCGCCACGCACCACCAUGCUGCCCAGCCACAGUGAACCCAAUGUGCUAGAUGAGUCCCAGGGCCUUCUGCAGGAGGGUAACCUCUCUAGGGUUGCGAGUGUGCAGAGUGAACCGGGUCAGCAGAACCUCCUGAUCCAGCCUCCGUUAGGAAGAAAGCGCGGCCUCAGACAGCUGCGACGCCCCCUGCUGUCCAUCCCAAAGAACGAACCACGCGGUCGAUCCGGCGCGAGGCUUUCAACGACCCGCAGGAGCAUCCAGCCCAAGAACAAACCACUGGAAACUUUAUUGGACUGUGAAGCGCACGGAGACCAGAAGAGGUCCGUCACCUUCACAGAGAAUCAAGGCCAGCAGCCGUCCACACCCGGCGCUAUGGAGCCGACGGCUGAAGCCAGGAAGGCAAGUCCAGCGCUUUCAAAGUCACCGACACUGGAAGUGCCGUCCGCCUCGUCAGCCACGGUCACCGCAGACCUGCACGGCCCGGCUAACGCACAGGAUCUGAAGUGUGUUGUCACCCAGGUCCCUCCAGCCAUCAGCAGUAAGGAGAAGAGAGAGCAGUGGGGACUCCGCAGCAGCCUCUCCCCUCCUCCCUCCAUCUCCCGCCCCUCCACCCCGACACCUCCCUCCCGAACCUGCUCCCCGCUGCCCCUCUCCCGAACCUGCUCCCCUCUCCCCUUAUCCCGCACCUCCUCCCCUCUCCCUCCACCACUCCCGGUGCUGGGCACAGCCCCGGCUCCAGGUCCUCCUCCGCCACCGCCUCUUCCUCCCCUCCUGCCUCCUCCUCCACCGGGGCCGCCCAGGAUCAGAGAGAGCCCCGGGGACGAGGACACGACGGCACUCCUUCCUCGCAGCGACACCCUGCUGCAGCUCAGCGAGGACGACGGCACCGAGAACCCGCUCCUCACCCCGCUGCUGUCCCCUCCCUCGCCUCGCCACACACCCCGACGCUCACCCCGACGCUUACCUCUGCCCCUCUCCCCUGUCGACCUGGACCUGGAUGAGUCCCACGUGUGAGAGGAUUGUAUUUUUCUAUCUGUAGCCAUACAGAAACCUGCAGGGUACGGAUAAACACACCUGCCUCUUCACGUGCAACAACCCACGACUUUACUCCAUCGUUUGUGUUUCCCCGUCAGCUUCGCCCUCGAGCUAAACUGCUCUCUCCUCGUGUACUUUCAAAUCACAGCUACAGACCCCAAAGGGUUGAAUGUAAACUUUAAACUUUAGCAGUGAUGGUCCAUCCUGAGAUCAAAGAUUUAUUUUUGAAUUAUAUUUAUGUUAUAAAAAGUCUUAAUGAAGCUGGUUAAUACUCAGUUAUUAAAGAAGAUAUUAAAGGAUUAAAGCUACAUUUAAAGUAAAAGAUGUCUAUAUUGCAGAGAUCUAUAUGAAAGAGGGACAUGCAGAGCUUAGAAACACGAAGAGCCAUUCUGACGCUGUUGGUGACGUGAGAAAUGUCUUUUUAUAAAAUAUAUGAAACAUUUUAUGUGGUCGUAUGAAACAUGAGCAAGAAAUGAAGAUUUUAUGUUUUAGAAGAUGAUUAUUGUGUCGAUUUGAACGUGGAAGAAGUUAAUUAGAAAUUAAAGACAGGAGCUGUUUUUAAAGGGGCAUUCACAGCCAAAGCUCAUUUUAAUAGAUUUCUCCUACGUGUCGUCUGGAAAAGACAUCAGCUGACGUCAGGUUGAGUUUCUCCAAAAGUUGGAUCCAGCUCAACUUCUCUGCCGCAGCACUGGAUCCUUCCUGAGUUGUACAUUUAUAUGUAUUAAAUUAUGAAUCUAUUUGAUUUGGGUAUUAUAUAAAUAUUUAUAGUAGAUAAACACAGAAACCUAGAAUCACAGAAUAUUUAAUUUAAAAAGCUAUUAAAUUGUAAAAAUGUAUAAAUGAUGCUGGAGAGCCCCUUUAAAUGAAGUGUGUAUCUAUGGAGGUGUUCAGUCUGUCUUGUUUAUUAGAUUUUUUCACAGAACAGCGCUGGCUCGUCAAACAUGUCCCUGUGUGUGUCGUGUCUCAGCAGAAUAUUUAAUUUGUGACCAAAGACUUUAUCUUUAUGUCGUGUUCCUGGAGUCAAAAAUAUCUGAGAUCCCGUUUCCUGCUGACGUUUUGUUGAAGCGAUGCAGUACAUGCCGUAGACCUCAUCGUCCAUUUCAUGCCUUAACAGAGAAAUAUCAAUAUAUAUUAACGUCUGUCAGUAUCAACAGUUUAUACCUCCAAAUUUCAAACUGUGGGCACGAUGUGACAAAAGAUCUGGACAUCCAUUCAUCUCAAACUGUCUGUAAACGUGCUGCUUUCAUUAAAGGUCAUCAUGAUAAUGAUAAUUACAACAACAAUGAUGUUUAAUCACUGAAACAGGAUCGAUAUGUGCCAUAAUCCACACCAACGCACUGUGAGUGUUUUCCUCCCCUCGACUGUACGUCAGUGCUGUGUGUAACACUCUUUCUUUUGACUGUGUGUGAAUUAUUGUAAACAUUUGGGUGCACAGAGAUUGUUUUAUGGAACAGAGACAAAAUAUUUAACUUGUCUUCUUAAUAAAAAAAAAUCCUGUUUCUAGCAAAUUUAAGACCCCAAAUGUUUGUCAUAACAUGUCCAUAAAACACAAUACUUCAGUCAGAGGGUCAAUGAACUGUUGGAUCUGAGUUCCCUUUAAUGUAAUGUGUCUGUGUCAAAUCAUGUCUUCUUUGUGCAAAGUUAAGAGUAUUAUCCUGUAUAUCAGAAUAUUUCUGGAAUAUCUAAAAGUUUAAAUAAAUAUUGUUUACAAUGUUCUUCAGCUUUCUG